CAUAGAUGUAGCCUCACACACUCACUUGUUGAUGUGAUAGGCGGAGAGGGGGGUGCUAACAGUGGCCCCGGUAUUCCCCUUGAUACUUUCAUCCAUCAGAUGCAAGAGGAGUUGUAAACAAUCCACAACUUUGUUCCUGAGGUUACGGUGAUAGAGUCAAGCGGCGGCCAUGGCUUUGGUGGAAAGGACGAAACUGAAUCCUGGGUCCAGCGAGUACCGAGACGUGGCGGAUGAAUUCAACUCUAAGAACGUGGUCAAGGGCAACAAGAUGUUGGAGGUGGUGAGCAUCGAGAGAGUGCACAAUGACCUGCUGGAGCAGCGGUUCCUGCAGAAGAAGAAGCAGUACGAGCGUACGUACGGCCACGUGCGCGUCGUCAAGGGCUGGCACGGCACCAAGGAGGCCAACGUGGCCCCCAUUUUGAGGAACAACUUCGACGUGUCCAAGCACGGCCAGGGAGUGGGUCAUCGGUUCGGGGCGGGGGUCUCGUUCUCCAGCAUGGCGUCGUACGCGUCGUACUAUUGCGACAAGGGCGCCCCGACCUGCUCCAUGUUGCUGGUGGACGUCCUGGUGUCCAACGUGGUCGAGGUCCCGGAGAACCGAAACCCACUGGCGGUGCUGCACGAGCCGCCUCUGUUGCCCGGCCACGGCUCGCUGCGCUACGACACGACCGCCAAGAACAAGGAGCGCAUGGACGUGUUCGUCAAGUUCGACGACGACGCCUACCUCCCCACCCACGUGGUGCACUUCCAGCGCGGCUCGCGUGCCGCCGGCGUGGCUGCCAGCACCAAGGCGGACCUGGCUCUGUUGCUGGAACUACUCAAGUCUUUCGGCUGGCACGAGAACGGCUUUUAAUUUUGACCCCUCCUGCGUGCCGCGGUACUGCAUUUCACAUUUCUGUUCGCGCCAUCAAGAUUUUUAAAUUCGUAUUCUAUGAUUGUUCGCUGUGUUAAUUUUACUUGAGUGCUCUCCUGAAAUAAAAUAGGUUUUCAUAAA